CCUCCAUGGCCAAGCAGCUCGGCCGGGACCAACAGGGCAUCACCCUGCGGGGCAGUGCCGACAUCGUCGCCGAGUUUUUCUCCUAUGGAAUCAACAGCAUCCUCUACCAGCGGGGCAUCUACCCCCCCGAGACCUUCACCCGCGUCCAGAAGUACGGGCUCACCCUCCUCGUCACCACCGACUCCGAGCUGAAGAACUACCUCAACAACGUGGUGGAGCAGAUGAAAGAGUGGAUGUACAAGUGCAUCGUGCAGCGCCUGGUGGUGGUCAUCUCGAGUAUCGACGACAAUGAGGUCCUGGAGCGGUGGCAGUUUGACAUAGAGUGUGAUAAAACCGCAAAGGAUGAGAGUGCACCAAGAGAAAAAUCUCACAAAGCUAUUCAGGAUGAAAUUCGAUCUGUUAUCAGACAAAUAACUGCCACAGUAACUUUUCUGCCACUGUUAGAAACUGCCUGUGCCUUUGACUUGCUGAUAUACACAGAUAAAGACUUGGUAGUGCCAGAGAAGUGGGAAGAGUCGGGACCACAGUUCAUAGCCAAUUCAGAAGAGGUUCGUCUUCGUUCCUUCACCACUACAAUCCACAAAGUGAAUAGUAUGGUGGCUUACAAAAAGGAUUCCUUCCCCUAAAGACAUGGAGGGUUUUGUAUAUACUGUCACCUUGUACAGUUUCUGUUCCUAGUGCAGCUAAGUCAUGAACACAUUGUUACUGUUGCUCUUGCUCAAGUAUGAUACAGACAAAAGGUAACACCAGACCAAUCUGGCAUUGUUUUUAAAAAGGUCUAAAUAAGGCAUGAUAGUUCAACUCUGAGCUAAACUAAUGGUGGGUUCAGUUACUGCAUUCACUGGAAAAACUGCCUGAACGUAGGAUUAAUUGAUAGAACUGUGUUCAGAUACUGCAAUUUAGUAGUUUAUUAUAAACUGCAUUCUUUUAGCAGGCUUAAAUUCUCUCUGGAACUAAACAUGAUCUUGAUCUUGACAUGCCCACUCAUGUUAAAAGCCUGGGCUGCUUUAUUACCAGAAACAAUUCUACAAAUGAAUCAGUAGAAAAGUUACUUGUACCUCUUUAUAAUGAAAAGUAGCUUGUUUAUCAGGAAAAUCUUAAAUAUAUGAAGCCUUGUACAGUAACAACUGCUGGACCCUAGUUCUGGGGGAUGAUGUUCUAAGUUGGUUUAUGUUUCUAGUGUCUGUCAAGUGUUUUCUAUGUUUGUAUUCUUGUUUUACAGAAUAAAGUUUCACGUUGUAUAGUGUUCUCUAAAUCAGUCUGGAGUAGUUCAUAUUUUAGGUAGUUUUAUGAAUGAUACAUUUUAGUUUACAGCUGUCAUAGAACUAAUGCCCUAAAGCUAUCACUACUUUAACUGUUCCCUCUGCGUUUCAAAACGGGCUGUAGUGAAAUGUAUUUAUGGAUUAAUAGUUUGCCCCCACUAUUACCUUCAGUGAACAGUAUGAAGUCAGUGACCUAAUGAUUAAGCACAGUGCCCUCCAUAGUGGAUAAAUAGCAUAGGAUUCUAUUUCCAUUCUUCAUGUUUGGUUGUUCUGAAAAAAUUAGGGAUUUAAAACUAAGCACUAACAUAGCUUUCAGGCUCUGCCCCAUCUGUUCAUUUUCUUCACCAAGUUCACUUCGGCCAGAAUAACUUUUCCCGCUCUAGUUCUGGAGUUAUAGAAAAGUCUUUCUGUUUUAACAGUAUAAUUUUAAAAGUUUAUUUAAAAACACUGAUUACAUGUACUCUACCACUGUAUUACAGUUUCUGGGCUUUCCUACCAAGGAGUAGUUCUCUUCAGCAGUCCUAACCUAGCAGAAUUUGAGAAGGUAGCCUUUUACAAAACAGUAGCACAAAAUCAUUGUUUUUUAAAAUAAAUACAAUCUAGGUACUUCAAAAAAGAAUGUUACAUUACUCACUACUAGGGCUUGUAUUGCAGUAACAGGAUUACUGCGUGUUUUUUUCUGCUUGUUGGCAAUAAUCUUAAAGCACUACCCCUUUACACCUAGGAGGAGGUGUACUUCAAGCAGUGCACCUUCCAGAACCUCCCCUGGGGAGCACUCACUGCUUUGGUGCAGUCUAAGUCAACUGUAACAAAUUUUCAUCAGGAACUGAUCACCACUGCUUCACAGCAAAUAUGAGGGCAGGAGAUGAUAGAGCCAGCAGUAAUGAGCAUAAAAAGACUUGUUUUACAGAAAUAAAGUCAGAUUGCUCAUGGAAGUUCAAGUCCCUUCUUUCUUGUACCAAAUAACAUUUAUCUUCUCUAAGAAGGACCAGCACAAAGUCCAUCACCAUCAUCUGUAUUUUUUCUCUUUUUUCAUAGAGGCACCAACA